AUGCCUGGAAUAAUCUAUGAGGGCAAAGGAACAAACAUGGAGUAUGCAGAUGUGUUUGAUAGUCUGGUGGGAGACCUAAAGGACGACGUUCUAUCGCUGCAGCUUACAAACUUCGACGAUGUAAACCAUUCAUACAAGUCCGAUGGAAAGUGCUCCAUGAGUGUGAAGGACUUUGAUGGUUAUGCAGAGAAUAUGCCAGUGAAAAAUGUCGAAUACAAUGGCCAGAAGUACAUCUUCAUGAGGUCUAUCAGCGAUGAUGCACAGCCGUCGCAGGUAUUCAUCAGCGUGGAUGGAGACGAAAGAGGGCGCAAAAGAGGAAUGCUAAUAACGUCUUUCUGUGGGAUUCUCAGAAUGAUUUCCACCUUCGACUAUCAGAUUGCUAACAGCGUGACGGCUAAAAUCUUUAAGGUCCUUGGCGAAUACUCCUGUGAAGAGGAAGAGUAA